CCCAGGCUUGCUCCUUCCCUCCCUCCCUCCCUCAUCCGGGUCCUGGGCAAGCGGGCGCCUUGCGCGUGUCCUGCGGCCAAGCUGCUAAUAAAGUUGCAGCGCGGGGAAGCGCAACGACGGCGCCAGAAGAGCGCGCCCAGCCGGCCCGCGAGACUUGAACCAAUGAAAGAAGCAUAUGGCACUUGUGAAGAUAAAUGUCACUCCUCCUUCUUUAAUUGGACCUUCUGCUUAGGACCUGUAUGUGACUUUUCACCUGUGAUCUGUUCUUUCAGUAGCUACUGACUUUGAUUACAGGAAGGUCUCUGAAGAUUUGUAUCAAAUGACGUCAAUGGCCAGCUUGUUUUCUUUUACUAGUCCAGCAGUGAAGCGAUUGUUGGGCUGGAAACAAGGUGAUGAGGAGGAAAAAUGGGCAGAAAAGGCAGUCGAUGCUUUGGUGAAAAAACUGAAAAAGAAAAAGGGUGCCAUGGAGGAACUGGAGAAAGCCUUGAGCAGUCCAGGACAGCCGAGCAAAUGUGUCACUAUUCCCAGAUCUUUAGAUGGACGCCUACAGGUUUCUCACAGGAAGGGCUUACCCCAUGUUAUAUAUUGUCGUGUUUGGCGCUGGCCUGAUUUGCAGAGUCAUCAUGAACUAAAGCCAUUGGAUAUUUGUGAAUUUCCUUUUGGAUCUAAGCAAAAAGAAGUUUGUAUCAACCCUUACCAUUAUAAGAGAGUGGAGAGUCCAGUCUUACCUCCAGUGUUAGUGCCUCGUCAUAAUGAAUUCAAUCCACAACACAGUCUUCUGGUUCAGUUUAGGAACCUGAGCCACAAUGAACCGCAUAUGCCACAAAAUGCCACAUUUCCAGAUUCUUUCCAUCAGCCCAACAACACUCCUUUUCCCUUAUCUCCAAAUAGUCCCUAUCCCCCUUCCCCUGCUAGCAGUACAUAUCCUAACUCCCCAGCAAGUUCUGGACCAGGAAGUCCAUUUCAACUCCCAGCUGAUACACCUCCUCCUGCCUAUAUGCCACCUGAUGAACAGAUGGGCCAAGAUAAUUCCCAGCCUAUGGAUACAAGCAAUAAUAUGAUUCCUCAGAUUAUGCCCAGUAUAUCCAGCAGAGAUGUUCAGCCUGUUGCCUAUGAAGAACCCAAACAUUGGUGUUCAAUUGUUUACUACGAAUUAAACAACCGCGUUGGGGAAGCUUUUCAUGCAUCUUCUACUAGUGUGUUAGUAGAUGGAUUCACAGACCCUUCAAAUAACAAAAGUAGAUUCUGCUUGGGGUUGUUGUCAAAUGUUAAUCGUAAUUCAACAAUUGAAAAUACUAGGCGUCAUAUUGGAAAAGGUGUUCAUCUGUACUAUGUUGGCGGGGAGGUGUAUGCGGAGUGUCUCAGUGACAGCAGCAUAUUUGUACAGAGUAGGAACUGCAACUUUCAUCAUGGUUUUCAUCCCACCACUGUCUGUAAGAUUCCCAGCAGCUGCAGCCUCAAAAUUUUUAAUAAUCAGGAAUUUGCUCAGCUUCUGGCUCAGUCUGUCAAUCAUGGGUUUGAGGCAGUCUAUGAGCUCACAAAAAUGUGCACCAUUCGAAUGAGUUUUGUUAAGGGCUGGGGAGCAGAAUAUCACCGACAGGAUGUUACCAGCACCCCAUGUUGGAUUGAGAUUCAUCUCCAUGGGCCUCUUCAGUGGCUGGAUAAAGUCCUUACUCAGAUGGGAUCUCCUUUAAAUCCCAUAUCUUCCGUUUCAUAGUGGAGAAAUAUUCUUUUUUCAAUUGUUACUAGUGGACUUAUUUUAAUUUUAGAGAAACUUCCAGUACAAAUACUGUGAGCUGACAUGGAAAAACAGAUUUUAUAGCUUUUUUUUUUUCUACAUAAUUGUGACCAACACAUUUGUAUUUUGUGAUGAAUCUGCAUUUGUUUGUAUUCAUGUUCAUGUGAUUAACUCUCAAAGGUAUUGUAAAAGAUGUGGACUAAGUAUUAUGCCCCUGUUCAGAAUUUUGGUGUUAGAGUCUGUAAACAAGUCAAAAUAACACCUGGCAUUUAGCCAGGGGAAUGUUAGAGUUCCUAAACAAGUCUGGAUGGUGCCUGGCAAAAUGCCAGAGGGAGUGGUUUGAGAAGUAACAAAAGCAAGCCAUUAAGUGUGGAGAUUCCUGAUUGGUUGACUGCUGUAUCUAGUUUAUGCUAAUUAGAUAAGCUGUGUGGAAUGUAUAAAUACUGCUCCUGUCCUGCAAUAAACGGCUCCUACUCCUGCUGUAUCAACGUACACAAGUUAUUUGUCACCCCCCGGGUUAUUUUGCCCAGCCAGCCGGGCACCAUCCAGACUUGUUUACGAACUCUAACAUUCCCCUGGCUAAAUGCCAGGUGUUAUUUUGACUUGUUUACAGACUCUAACAGAUUUUAAACUGGAACAUGCUUUAGUUUAUCAUCCCAACAGGUUUUUUAUUUGUUAAUUUUUUUAAAGUAUGCAUCACAUGAUGAAAAACUAUAGUAUAAGAGGUUAUAAAUAGGGAAAAAUAGUCUUCCUUCUGUUGAUUUUCCAGAAACUACACUUCUAACAAUUUCUUUGUCCCACCAACUUUAAAAAAGCUUAACACAUAGUUUUUAAAAGCCUAUGGUAGGGGCUUAAAAGAAACUCUAAAAUAAUCUUUUUAUUUGAUGGAACACUAUGCACUGCUCUAACAAGUAGUGUUCAGUAAAAGUGAAGUGAAUUUUCUAGAUGACAUAAAAUUUACAUUUAUAUAGCUAAAUGUUUGUCAGUGUAAUGUGACUUCAUGCUCAAUAUCUUUUGAAAAACAUUUCCUUUUUUUAAAAAAAAAUUGCCAAGUAAUUGAUCUCUAGUAUAUGUCAUUUACUCAAAAUCUUGUCAUAAAUACUACUUUUUAGCUAGUGACAGUGCAUGCACGGCCUUGUUCAGCUAUGUUUGCUGCUUUUGGCCCUGUUGCAAGGAUUGUAAUUUUGACAUGCAUUAAUCUUUUAUUUUGCACUUUUAUGGGUGACAGUUUUUAGUGUAACCUUUGGUAAAACACUCAAGUGACUUGGACUUAGAUGCUUAUCCUCAAUUCCUUGUUACCCCUUUUGUAUUAACAAACUACAAUUUAUAGUUUACAGUUUUAGGAAGUUAUGCCUUUUUCUAGUAUUUUAUUUUCAAUCUAGGUUAUAAGAUUGUUCUUCUAGAGCUCCAACUAAGGUGCCUUUUUAAUUUCUACAGUCUUGUGGGUCUUAUUAAUGUUGGAAAAUCACGUACUUAAUGUCAUUGUUCUCACUUGUAUUGGUCUCCCCAUGCAAGGACCUAUGCGCCUGUAGCCAUAGGAGGCUCUUUGAUUGGGCCUCAAGGGUGAGGCUACUGGUCUGAUAUUAAAUGAAUCUGCAGUAGGUGUUGGGAUAGCUGAUUUCAAAACAUUCACGUGUCAAAGACUGUUCUCUCACUUAUCAUCAAUGCUCUUUUUCUAUUUUUUUAGUAUCUACAUGGAUGCUAAUCUCCCAGAACACAGUCUUCUAAAGGAAAGAUGAUUAAAUAUCCAUUUAAUCAAUCAUGUUUUGGCUUUGAGUAGAGUACUAUUAACCACAUUUUCUAGGGAAUAGUCAGAUGGACAUUUAGUUACGGCACAAGAAAGCAGAAAUUAUUUUGAAAAGAAAAAUGACCUAAUGUACCUAAUCAGAAAAAGAAGCUUUGUUUUCUAGUGCCUUUGUAAGUAUCUGGAGCCAUGCCAUUCAGCUGUUAAAAAUGUUAUUUUUGGUUUGACUUUCUGCUUUGCCCUUUCUGCUUUUAUGAGGGGAAAAAAAAAAACACAAAAAAUAUUUUUUUAGGAAAGCAUUUUGCUAUUCCUUUUGCUUUCUGUGUCAUUAUUUAUUGCUUUUUCAAAGUGCAGCCAUUGGAUGAUUUUAGUGUCUUCAGGUGAAGUGUCAUUUGUGUUUCAGCUCAGAAUUCUUUGUUGGGUAAAAAGAAUAAUUUCAGACAGUCACCUGAGCCUUCAACGUAAGUAUUAUGUAACAUGUAUUCUAAGUUGUAUGAGCCACAUGAAAGAGAAUUAUGUGUUUAGUGAUAGAACUUAGGUAUUUUUAUCAUUCUUUUACUUAACAAGCUCAUGGCACAAAUUUAUGAAAAAGAAUUCACUCAAGUUGAAUGACAAAUACAUAUAAUCAACUUUAGUGAUUAUUUUAGUCAUCAAAUUGUUUUAUAGAUGUUUUUAGCUGCAAGUUAAAAAUUGUUUUGUUUGCAGACACCCUGUUCCAGCUUUUAGAUAUUGAUCAGGUAUUAUGUGAUUGGCUUUUUUUUUUUUUUUUUUUAAGAAGUAUUAUCUUGUGAAUGACAGUACUGAAGCUGUUAACUGUUAAGAAUUUCAUGAAGUAGAAACCUGUUAUAUUUCCUAAAGAUUGUCAAUUUUCCACCUGUGGCCUUUAAACGAAAAUUUUAUUCAGUUCCGCUAUUCUUAUAAACCCUAAGGAUAUAUGUAUAUGAUAAAAAUUAUUAAUAAGAUGAAAACAGAAAAAGCAAAGUAAAAUUCUGGCUAACAAUAAGAAAGUAUCUCUGAAAGAAACUAUUUCAAAAAGUACAAUAUUAAGAUUUUAUUUAAUAUUAGACUGGUUUAUAGUCAAAUUUGCAAGAAUAUCAGCACCACUACAAUAAUCACUUUUUAUAGCAGAUAGACUAUAUUAAUACAUGCCAGUUAAAAGACAGAAUCUGGGAAUACUGAAAUUGCAGCCAGUUUGGUAAAUGCAAAAAGCAGAACAGAAUCAAAUUAAUCUCAUAAUGAAUUAAAGUAACAAGAUCUUGAUUGCCAAAAAAGCAGGUUAUAAGAAGUGCAUUUGACUAACAUCUUAUUGAUUUCAUGGCUAAUAUAUGGAAUAUAAACUAGUAGGCAUGUUACUGAUCUACUGAAUUUGAUACUUUUCUCUAGAGAAAAUUUAAGGAAGACAUCAAAAAUGUCAAAUACAGGGGCUGGGAGCAUAGCUCAAUGGAAGAGAGCUUUCCUAGUGUACUUGAGACUCUGGGUUCAAUCCCUGCAGCAUCACCAAAAAAAAAAAAAAAAAAAACACACAAAAAACGAUAUCUUCAUUAGAAUAUAAAUAUAAAUAUAUAUAUAUAUAUAUAUAUAUAUAAUUUUUUUUUUUUUUUACAUUUCACGGUUGCUGUAUAACCCAGCAGUUGAACUGGCUGUGUUGCUGAGGUGAAACCCAGAAUAAGAUUCAGUUCAACAAGCUACACCUAGUAUUACAAAUUUAUGCUUUUCAUAACUUUUGAGAGUAAGACGUCCUUUAGGGGAUGUAAAACAAUUACUAAGUAUUCAAAUCUGAAGGCUAUUGUCAAGAUAAGAACUAGGGUUCACCUUAUAAAACCUUCCCUGUUAUUACCUGAGGGUACCUGUGAGAAACCGUUCCUUCCCUUGUAAUAGUGUCCUUUGGGAGGAAAAGGUUUACAAAAAAACAGAAUCCUACUGAUAGCAGAGAAACCCUAAAAAGUUUGGUAGUAUGUAUUAAAGUGCUGCACUUGUGUUAUAGAGAACAUCUCAUACUCCAGUCCAGGUCCAUUUUUUAAUACUUUUUCUAGUUAUUUGCUUAAUGGUACUUUGAGUUACUGUCACCUUUCUCAUUUAAAAUAUAUUAUACUUUUUACUUCCUGAAGAAGGAAGAAUCCUUUGAUAAUUAUUGAAUUCAGCCUUCAUUGAUGAGUUGCAUUUUUGGACCUAUUUUAAGAACUCUUGAUGUCUGGAGUCAGAAUAUAAGUGUUCAUUCUGAUUUUUUUCAUCAGCAAGAUAAGCAAGUAUCUUUUAAGGUGAGAUAGUGUGGUGGUUUUAGAGUUGUUUAAUGGUUUUUAUGGGAGUGAGUUUUCCUAAGUGGUUUUCUCAGAUAUUAACUAAGACAGCUUUUUGGAGGGUAAUUUUCCUUUUGCUGCCUGUUCUCCCCAACAGCAUUAUUUGAACAACAUUAUUUUCUUCAUUGAUAGAGGUGAGAUUCUUGAAUGUACUUGCAAGGCAUUUUUUUUUUUCUCCCCUGCAUAAACAAAUCUUGCUGGAGAGAAAUUUGGAUAGUUCUUUAGAAUUCAGUGGAUUGCAGUUUAGUGUGUCCUGAUUACAGGAGGUAACAGUAUUAUAAAGCCUUUGUUAAACUAGAUUAUUCAUAAAAGAAGUUUGCCUUCCUGGCUGUGGAUGGUGGUCAGUGGUAGACAUUUGCUAGCAUGUGGGAGACCCUGGAUUAGAUCUACCCAUGGGUGGGUGGGAAGAAAAAUAAGAUGAAACUCAUCUCCAAAACAAAAUACAACUGCAUUAUAAUUGAAGUGACACUCUAAAAUUAGGUGGUAUACCCAAACCAAUAAACAAGAUUUCAUAUAUUCUGGUUUUGUUUAUUGUUAUUUUGUAAGAGUACAUGCUGUAAUAUUGUUGGUAGCAUUUGUUGUAAAAUAAGUAAUGAGUUAUUUUGUUGAAAAGAGCAGGAUCUUUGAUUGUGGCAGAGUGAAAAGGAUUUUAUGGUUCUUGUCCACAUAACUCAGUUCUUAAAAUUUCUAAAAUAAUCAUGAGCCAUUAUCAUUUAAGGAUUUAUUUGAAGUUGCUGUGAUUUUUAAAAGUUCAGAAUUUUGUAUAAAUAAAUCCCCACCCCUAUUAGUAGAUAGUGCCUGUCUUAAAACUAACUGGUGUUAGCUAUAAGAGAACUCCAGUUAGGCCAAAGAAUCCCAAGUGUUUUGUAAAAGAAAAUCUUAUAGGGUCAGAUUUUCCUGUAUAAUACUAUUGGAAAUGAUGUUGCUUUGAUUUUACUGAGGAACUCUUGAGGAUGAUGGUUGGGCUAGAGAUAUUCUUUUUAACCUGGUUGUUUAAAGUUGCAAUUUAAAAUUCACUUAUUUUAAAUUUGGUGAAGAUCAUUGAAACUGAAUGUAUGUACUUACCUACACUCUCUUUAAAAAGAUCUUUCAUAUGAAAAUGAUAAAGACCAAACCAAUGGCUGCACUGUAGGACUGUUUCUUAUUUGUUCUUGUUCUGCUUCUGUUCAUGUUAUAGAAAAUGAAAUUAUAGCAUGAUGCUUCAAUUCUGCUAUCCUUUUGAUACUUAUAAAAAUGUAUUAGGUUUUACUAUACUGUGCUUUUCAAAGCCAUAACUCUUAAAUUUGUUUUUGCAUAUUGUUUGCUAAUACUUUAUUUUAAUAAACCUAUUUUAAUAAACCUCAAAA